AUGGUCGAAACUAACAACACACGAGCGACUUCAAAGAAAAUCAAAGAUACCGCGUCCUUGAAGAACAAGAGCGACGACAUCUCAAUCGCGAACGCCCUAGUCCCACAACCGAGCGCUUUAGGCAUGACACCAGCCACACCAACAAACACCACGUCUCAAGCCCACAGCGGCAGCCCUUUGCCGGCAUCAACCCAAGCCCACAGCGGCAGCGCGUCGAGCAUCAUGCACGCACAUGGCCAAGCUCAUAGUAGCGGCUCUUUCAAUAGUGGGAAAGCAAUGAAUAAGAACACUCGAGAGGACGGGACAGUAGUCAUUGACACCGUAUACCCCCAUGAUGCAAGCGAUUUACGCAGAGACCGAGCCCCCGCGGCAUCAUUACAGGAACUGUCCAAAGAGAAGUCCGCUAUAGCCGCGACUCCUGAUGAAGAGGAGAUCGACGAGGAUAAUUCCCCAGCCAUUGCGGUCUCGUCUGUUAUGACAGAACGACAAAACAUGUGGCACCGAGCAUUAGCCGCGCAAGACGCAGGCGACGAGUCCCUAGCUGAGAUGCUAUUCGGCGCGAUAGGCCGCAUCGGCGCGAAUCAGCCCAAGAUCCCCGCAAAGAAAGCAGAAGCCGAUGUCUUUGCUUUACCAACUCGCACAGCAUCAGGCGGAGUCAUAUACCAGGAACUAGCCCCCGCGUUACCAUGUAUCGAAAGCAAACCAGCCCAGACGCCAGAAAAAUUUUUCUUAACCGAAGGCGACCUAGUCUACGCUAUCGGGACGGUGACAAACCACAAUAGUGUCGGUUUUGCACCGUUCUUAGACGAGAACAUCCAUAAACUCAGAUCUCCGCUGCCACUUACAAUUUUUAAUCGGAAAUGGCAACAAAGAGCCAUGGCGCAUCACCUAGACCGCCGGCAGAGAUCAGAUGAUUCGUCUAGCGAUAAAGAAAAGUCCGGAGGAUAUAAAGGAUUUGCCUUCGUGCAAGAAUGGACUCAGACUUAUGCACAGUGGACUAGAAACCACCGCGCUUUCUGCAAGACACUCCAUGACGUUUACAAGAUCAAGAAAUUCUCGAAGCUGCUUGCGACCCACAAGAAUAACUGUGAUGAUAUUACCGAAGAAUUUGGUUUCAUGGUCGCUUUCCGUUACGACAUGGAAGUAAGAAAUAAUACUUUCUCUCAUCGGAUCACGGAUGAAGACGUCAAGAACGCAAUCCCUGAUAUAUCGCAACGUAAAGAAUCUGUCGUCGAACAGUGUUAUAACGUCUGCCGAAAUUUUGGCGAGCUCGAAUGGGAAGAGAAUCUAUACGCCCCUGGGUUAUCACACUGUGGCCAAGACCCAUUGACGGGCUAUCUGAAACCAUCAAAGUUCGGUAACCAUCCCAAUAACGGUUAUCAGAACAACUCCAUGAUUAAUAACCCAAUCUCGGGCGGACAAUGGGUAAAUCAGUCAAACAACCCCUAUGGCAGCAACAACAACCACAACAUGAACAGAAACAAUAAUGCUUUCCACUUCCAGAACAACAACAACAGCAACAAUAAUAAUCCAAACAACAACAAGCGGCCUAGGGGUGGUUACAGAGGCGGCAAUUAUUCCAAUAAUUUUCAAGGAAGAAACGAGGCACACGCAAACACACUCGGGAAGAAAGGACACCCAAAUAAGUAG